CUCGCGCACCAGUGUUACGGCGAAGUAGUUCCGGGUAUCAACAGUCUGUUGGCUAACAUUAGCUGAACGUCAGUCUCCACUCCACUAUCUUCAACAGAGUGGUAAGAAAAAUGUUUGGGCUUGUAUUCCGUCCUGUCGUUUGUUGGAGUGUCUACUACAUUUAAUAUGAAUGUAAAACUCGAAGCUACACGUUGGGGAUUGAUGUCAUUGUCUGCCGUUUCGCAAUGCGUUAGCCUGCUAGCAUAUGUUAGCUGAGCCGACGGCCGCAACUGACAGAGAAAAAACAUCAUAGACUGAGAAUCUGUCCGGAUAAGUCGUUAAUCAGUUGAUGUUUUUGACCUGUGUUUUAUUCUGUGUUCCUGCCAGGGCUAACAGACACCCCGGAGCAGGAUGGGUGAGUGAAAACAGUUAUUUUCUUCUCUUACACUAGUCUCUGUCAUCAUUGUUUUCCUCUUUCUCAGUAGAUCGUCGCCUUAAGCUGUUGUCUAGUUUGCUUGGGUAAAUGUCUGCGUUUUACAUUUGGCUCACACCUGUUUGAAGUCGUCAGUUACUGUUGCUCCACAGAUGGCGAAGAGCGAACCUACGGCGGCUGUGAGGGGCCAGAUGCCAUGUACGUGAAGCUGAUAUCCUCAGAUGGUCAUGAGUUUAUUGUGAAAAGAGAACACGCCCUGACAUCCGGGACUAUCAAAGCCAUGUUAAGCGGACCAGGUAAGGAUUUAUCACAUUUAGGGGCUCAAAAUAAGGGGACUAUCUUCUCUUAUCAGCCUAACUUUAACUUUAAAUAUUAUGAAGCGACAGAUAUUAUCCUCGUAUAAAUAUCCUGGCUUAGAGAGGCUACUCAACAGAGAAGUCACAUUUAAACCUGCUUAACUGAGUAUCUUUGGAACUCAAAAAGGAAAAUAUAUGCCUAAAGCCACCAUUUACCAAUAGUUCACAAAUCUCACCAGCCUAACCAGCUCUUGGCAGCUUUGCCACUCAUCAGAUCACAGAGAAAAACAUAUUUUUGGUGUGACUUUUUCACUCCUUGGCCGGCUAUGAUUAACUGAUUAACUGUGCAUUUUUAAAUCAAAAAACAUCUCCAUGAAUUAGGGCCUGACCGAUAUGGAUUUUUUGGGGGGCCGAUGCCAAUAACGAUUAAUGGGGGGGGAUUACCGAUUAAUCAACCGAUAUAUAUAUAUAUUAUAAAAUAUAUAUAUAUAGACUACUGUAGAUGUAGAUAUACUGUAGGCUACUGCUCUUCAUGCCGGCAGGAAGACUGACUGCUGAAACUCAGACCAGAAAAGCGAGCCAGUGUGCAUAUUCAAUAUUGUUGUUGGUGAUUUCAAUGCUCUGUUCACGAAUACAGUCAUUUCAGUUUUUACUUAUAAAAAACACAACCAAUAAAUUGCUGUUAAUAUAAGUUUGGAUGUGCAAUAAAGCUCGCAGCAGAUGCAGAUUACCCUGUGUUACGUCUUAUCAACAGUGUGAAUAGUCCCUGCUGAACCAGGUUUCAGUUUCACAAUAACAGUGGCUGUUUUCGUGAUUUCUGUUCCACAGAAAAUUACUCACUGAGUUGAGAGAACCAUGUGAUAUGAUCAUACUCUCUAUUAAUAGGUGAAGGUCUAAACAAGAGGAGAAAAUAUAGAAUAUGAAGGUAUUUUCAGUGAAAAAUUGAACAAUGUGACGUACACUUGGUGGCUUCAAGUAAUAAGGAGAUUAGCUUUUGUGUUUUCUAUUCAGACUGGUAAACAACAGUUAUUCUUUUAAGCUGCUGCCUGGAUUUAAAUACAUAGGCUUUGAUUAUACUUGAAAUAGCUUGGUUCUUUAAAGUAGCUGAAAUAGGCUGGGUUACAAAAAAGUUCACUAGUGCACAGACUGUAAUUGUUAUUGUGGAGCAAUAAAGAGCAUGAAACCAGAGCAACUCCUCUGUUAGUACUUAGACCUGUGCAGGUUGAAAAUAACUCUUAGUGUGUUUAUUCUCAAUUUGCUGUUGCUGUUAAAAACACAUACACAAAAAACUAUGAAUUUUAAAAAUUAUUUUACAUUUACAUACAGGGUUAAGCGUGAAGCAAGUAAACCAAUGCCACGCAUCUCGGUGUUGCCAUUGCUUAUUUGAAAUGCCUUGAAAAAACCCAACAGCAAAAACAAAAAGAAAGCAGUAUACAAACUAUUAUGUAGUAUAAUGCUUCACUAGUAACUACAUGAUUAUGUUGUUUUUGAAAGCUAGUUCAUUUUGAAGUUUCAAAACAAUUGAGUUUCAAAUGCGCUCAGUCAUGAUCUUUUUAUUUAUGUAUGAAUAAUUGACAGUUUGUCAUUUGAAGUAGCAGUGCUAACCAAAUAAAAAGCUGGCAGUUUGGCUGUGUUUGUAUUGUUUUAAGCUCAUGCACAUCAGAAGAAGCAGCAAUAGGCUUGUGAGAACUGAAAUAAUAACAUGACUGCGCUCCAAAAGCUUCGUUUUCUCUGCCAUUGUAAACACUUUCAGAAUUUACUUUAACUGGAACGAGUUUUCCUAGAGCUUAAUUUAAGUUGCGCAUGUGUGUAUGUUCAAUGUAGUUGUGACUGGUAUAAAAAUUGUUUUUUUUCUACAUUUGUGGGUGCUUGAAUUGCCCUUAAAACAUCUUCCAGAGACUUGCAUUGGGUGGGAUCUGUGCUUCAGAUAAUAUCUGAUUAAAUUCUGAUAGGUAUGAGAUGGGUGACAAAUAGUAAGUUUAUAUCAGCCUGUCCAGUUGGUGGCACCAAUCUUUUGUCUUGCAUACAUACUAUACUUCUCCAAUCUUUCAUGUAUGCCUUUCUUUUUAAUGUAAGUGGAAAGGAUCUCUAUACUGUUUCAUUGUUUAAUCCAGAGGAGAUAGGAUGUCAAGGAUUUACUUGUUAAAAUGUAUGACAUGUCCAAUAUCUCUGUCAACACAUCCUUUGAUCCUCCUCCUGCAGGUCAGUUUGCUGAGAAUGAAACCAAUGAGGUGAACUUCAGGGAGAUCCCCUCUCAUGUCCUCUCCAAGGUUUGCAUGUACUUCACCUACAAGGUCCGCUACACCAACAGCUCCACAGAGAUACCUGAAUUCCCCAUCGCUCCGGAGAUCGCACUGGAACUGCUCAUGGCUGCCAACUUUUUGGAUUGCUAAAGUUAAAGAAAAAAUGUAGCAGCUUAAAACAUUUUUAGAUUUUUUUGGAUAUUUAAAUUGUUCUCCUGUGUACACAAAAGAACAUGUCACUUUGACUAUUCUCUCUUUUCUUUCUUUUUUUUUUUGUGCACUUGGCUUUUUGUCAUAGUUUUAGUAUUAUUAAAGGAUUUAAUUUUAAUGUAACAAAUGGAUACGGCAAGCUGCAUUACUUGCCCCGGAAUGUGAUAAACAUGACCCCACCCCUUCAUCUUUCCUCACCUCUCCAUCUUAAUAAAGAUCUGUUUGGUGAGCAAUGUGUUGCCAUUUUCUACCUUAACCUUUAAGAAAUACUUCAGAAAUCAGACCUCUUACCAAGGAUGCACCUAACUUCAAUUCUAGCAAAAUUUCUGUCUUGUACAAUGUUUGAAAUGACUAUUCAAGUUGUCAACAAGGAUCCUAUCUCCACUAAAAUAAAUCAAUUACAUGUUGGUCUGUUUAAAAUAGUUCUCCAUUUGCAGAUUCAAGGGAUGUUUAGAAGAUGCCUUCCUAGAACUUGAUGUAACAAAGAAAGCUCUUGUGCUUGGGUUUUGGGAAUCUGCUAGUUUCAUAAAGCAUGAUCUCUGAAGCUCUCUCACUGUCAAAACAGCAGAAGAACUUGCCCUAUUUCAAGUGCUAAUCAAUAGAGUGAUUAUAUGUGAAACAGUUCAAGAGGUUCCUGAUUUUGGUGGAGAUGAAAAUUUGAAGUUUGUAAAGAUGACAACUCUGUUAAAGAGAAUAAUAACUUUAUUUUUAUAGCACUUUUAAAAACAGAAGUUUACAAAGUGCUUUGACAAAGAGUUGCAAAGCAUCAGCACAUGGAAAUAAAAACAAAUAAAAAACAAAAGCUCAGUUUAAAACAAGGCCUCCGAAUUGAAGGCCAAUUUCAUUUGUCAUAAGAAACCCAGACAAUACGAGAACCCUCCAACAUAAAAUGAGACCAUGAGGACCAAAAAAAAAACAGGAAACAGGAUAGUAAAUAUAAAAUGACAAUAUUAAUAAUGAUAAUGAAAUCAUGAUAAAAUAAUAAUUAUGGUAAUAUUAAUGAUAAAAUGGAGUAACAAAAAUGAGCAGGAAAAAACAAAAUUAAUAAAGGCCUAAAAGGUUAAAUAAGAAAAGAUUAUAAGUAAAACAAAGGCUAAAAGGACAGUAAGUCGAAAUAAGAUAGAGGUAAAAGCAAUAAAAGAUAAAAGAUGGCAUCACAUAAAAGCAAGUCUGUAAAAGGGAGUUUUUAAAUUUGACUUAAAAGAAGUGACUGUCUCUGCAUGCCUUAUCUCCUCUGGCAGGUCAUUCCAAAGUCUAGGAGCUCUGAUGGAGAAAGCUCUAUCACCUUUAGUUUGAGUCACGACUUUGGUACGACCAAGAGGCCUUCACCAGAGGAUCUGAGGCUGCGAGUUGGCACAGAAGGUAUUAAAAGCUCUGAAAUGUAGCUUGGACAAAGUCCUUUGAGUGCUUAAAAGUAAUCAAUAAAACUGAGUAGUAAUCAAUUCUAAAACUGACAGGAAGCCAGUGAAGGGAGGCUAAAAUUUGGGGUGAUGUGAUGCCGUAGACAGCAUUACCAAAAGUAAUUAGUUUUCACGAUAAAUAAUCAUAACAGGGUGGACGUGUUGUGCUUUACCACAUCAGACAAUAGAGGAAAAAUUAAACUCAGGGACACAUUAUUUCUUGCCAUUUUUAAAUAUUGAAAAUGUAUAAAUGACAAAAAGUAGCUUAUGGUGAGGAAUUUUUUAUACAAGGCCAUACUUUAAAAACAAAAAAUAUAUAUUUUAUUUGGUUUCUGUUAAUUAUCUGUUAUCUAAGUUGAGCAAACCUGACUGGGGACGUGGCAGUUUCACUUAAAUGCUAAAAUUAGAGUAAGUACUAUUUUUAAUUUAUUAAUUCUGUGUAAAUAUAAUUUUGUUCUAUGGUAGAAGUGGGUUAACCAUGUAGGAUAAGCUUUUAAAAACAAGUGUCAGCCCUUUUUUUUUUUUUUUACACAAAAUACACCAUAUUAUGUAAUGAGGACUCAAAUGCUAGGAAUGACCCGUCUGCUAAAACCAGUUAAAACCCUCCCUGCUGCAGUCUGAACUAGUUGGAAGUCUGACUAACUGCUGGGAAAACAGCUCAUCGAGAAUUUCCUUAUUACUUUGACUGGGUUUCAAUGAUGUGAGAUAACCCCCACGCCUCCCUCCCACGAGCAGCGGUCAUUGACCUCCCUGCUCAAUGACCUGUGUGACCUCAGUGGAUCUGAAUACACUUAUCGUUUUCUUAUUUUUCUGAUAAUGAAAUACGAAACAAUGAAAACGCAAAUAAGGGCUAAUCCGACGACAAAAUAAGUGAGAUGGGACCGGAAUCCUUGCUGUGACGGUUUGUUUUCCUCU